CACCGAGUGUGCAGCGGAAGGCGACGCGCGACGGGCGAGGACGGAGAACGGCCUCGGGUGUGCGUCCGGCCGUCGGAAAAUCUCGAAGGGGCGGGAGGAGUCAGGCAGGUGAUUUUGGGGGGGCACAAAAACCUUCUUUGAAGAACUUUGUACAGUGUUGAAGGAUGGCAGAAGCAGUGUUGAUAGAUCUCUUUGGUUUGAAAUUAAACUCUCAGAAAAACUGUCAUCAGACAUUACUAAUGACAUUGAAUGCUGUCCGAAACCACCAUGGUGCCAAGGCCAAGUUCCUUUGCAUAAUGUGUUGCAGUGACAUCAGCUGUGACCAUGAUAAUUGUGAAUUAGAAACAAGCAAUGGAUUAUCUGCUUUCCUGAGAGAAUUUGAGACUGUUAGCAAUCCCAGCAUGGCUGCCUCAUUGUAUACCAUUAAACAAAAAAUUGAUGAAAAAAAUUUGAGCAGCAUUAAGGUGAUUGUGCCUGUGCACCGGAAGACAUUAAUGAAGGCUUUUAUUGGUCAACUCUUCACUGAUGUUUACAAUUUUGAGUUUGAAGAUUUACAGAUGACUUUGAGGGGAGGUCUUUUGAAACAGCCUACUGAAAUAAACAUAAUCACAGCUCAAGAACUAGAGGCAAUCCAGAAUGAAAUAGAAACAUAUUUGAGAAGUUUGCCAACACUGAAAGGAGAAUUAACCAUUAUCACAUCUCCUUUGAUCCCAGAUAUUUUCAUACAUGGAUUUACUACAAGAACAGGUGGGAUAUCUUACAUACCAACUCUUAGCUCAUUCAAUCUCUUCAGUAGUUCCAAACGGAGAGAUCCCAAGGCUGUUGUUCAAGAAAAUCUGCGUAGGCUGGGGAAUGCAGCAGGAUUUAACGUGAAGAAAUUUUACCGAAUAAAGACUGAUCAUGCCAAUGAUGUCUGGAUUAUGGGAAGGAAGGAGCCUGAAUCUUACGAUGGAAUCACCACAAAUCAAAGAGGAGUCACAAUAGCGGCUCUUGGUGCUGACUGUAUACCGAUAGUUUUUGCCGAUCCUGUCAGAAAAGCAUGUGGGGUUGCUCACUCUGGUUGGAGAGGUACUUUAUUAGGUGUUGCUAUGGCUACAGUGAAUGCUAUGAUAGCAGAAUACGGCUGUAGUUUGGAAGACAUUAUUGUUGUACUGGGGCCUUCAGUAGGACCUUGCUGUUUUACUCUUCCAAGGGAAUCAGCAAAGGCAUUUCAUAAUCUUGAUCCCGGAUGUGUACGGCUCUUUGGCUCACCAAAUCCCUAUGUUGACAUCCGUAAAGCCACGAGGAUUCUUCUAGAACAGGGAGGAAUUCUACCACAGAAUAUUCAGGACCAGAACCAAGAUCUCAACCUCUGUACCUCCUGUCAUCCUGACAAGUUUUUCUCCCAUGUCCGAGAUGGCCUUAACUUUGGUACACAGAUUGGCUUCAUAUCAAUUAGAGAAUGAGAUACUUGACUGGAUUUUUGCAUAACUAUUUCCUGCUUCCUUCCAAACCAACUGUAAGAGAGAAAUUUAGCUGUUUGAUAUACUUAAAACCAAAAGGAUUAUAAUGAAUAAUUCAUCUUUCAGAUAUAUUUUCAUUAUUAUCCAAAGCCACAUGAUUUCAUUGAUUCUAACAAUAACUGACACAAA